CAGGCGGGCAGGCGGGGCGCGGGUGGGCGCGGGGCGCACAGUUGGCGCCCCCUCCCCACGCGGGGCGCGUGCGCGGUUCGCGGCCGCGGCAGAGGGAGCUGCGAUGGAGGGUCCUCCGACCGUCCUCCUGGAAAUAAAUGAAGGAGAAUCAAGCAUUGCCAACAAGCCACCGGAAGAAUCAGAGGAAAAUCCUAGUCCAAUUGUGGAUGAGAAUAAUACAGUGUCAGCUAAAAAACAGGGGCCACAUGGACAUAACUGGAGUGGUGACUGGAGCUUUUGGAUUUCAAGUUCCACCUAUAAAGACAGGAAUGAGGAAUACAGAAGACAGUUCACACAACUACCUGAUACAGAGAAGCUGAUAGCAGAUUAUGCUUGUGCUCUUCAGAAAGACAUUUUGCUUCAGGGACGACUAUACCUUUCAGAAAACUGGCUAUGUUUCCAUAGCAACAUCUUCAAAUGGGAAACUACAAUUUCUAUUGCUUUAAAGAAUAUAACCUUCAUCACCAAGGAGAAAACUGCUCGACUCAUCCCGAAUGCUAUCCAGAUCGCUACCGACAAUGAAAAGUUUUUCUUUACAUCUUUUGGUGCCAGGGAUAGAAGUUACCUCAGUAUCUUUAGAUUGUGGCAGAAUGCACUGUUAGACAAGAGCUUGACCAGACAGGAAUUCUGGCAGCUGCUCCAGCAGAACUAUGGCGCUGAGCUAGGCUUAAAUGCCGAAGAGAUGGAAAACAUGUCCGUGUCGAUUGAGGAUAAUGUACAGCCAAGAAGUCCUGAAAGAAGCAACUUGGAUGACUGUGGGGAGAGAGAUGAAAAAUUGUCCAAAACAAUCAAUGAAUCAAUGAAUCGGGCUUCAGAAACAGAGUCAAUCGAUGGAAAUCUAUCAAAAAUGGAGUUAGGGAAAGAGGAAGCCCAAAGCGAGAAACAGCUAAAAAAGAGUCCUUCACUAACUUCAGAAAAGAGGUUAAGUAGAGUUCCAUCAAAAUCGCUGGACUUGAAUAAAAAUGAGUAUCUUUCUCUGGACAAAAGCAGCACUUCAGAUUCUGUUGAUGAAGACAGCGGGUAUGAGUUAGUUAUCUCCUGCCUGGCUGAACCUUUGACUGUAGGAAGAUCUACUCUGGCACCCAGUGGCCAGAGGGAAAAUAUUCCUGAGAAAGAGCUUCAAGGAAGACUUUAUAUCGACCGUGUUUUUCACAUCGGUGCUGAUAAAAUGUUUGAAUUGCUCUUCACCAGUUCACGAUUUAUGCAGAGAUUUGCCAAUUCUAGAAAUAUAAUAGAAGUAGUAUCUACCCCUUGGACUGUGGAACCUGGAGGCAAUCAACUGAGAACCAUGACCUACACCAUAAUUCUUAAUAACCCGCUCACUGGGAAGAGCACCACUGCCACAGAAAAGCAGACUCUGUAUAAAGAAAGUCGGGAAACACAAUUUUAUUUGGUAGAUGCAGAAGUGGUGACGCAUGAUGUCCCCUACCAUGACUACUUCUAUACCGUGAACAGAUACCACAUCUUCCCAUCUUCAGAGCAGAAAUGCCGGUUGAGAGUUUCCACAGACUUGAAAUACAGAAAACAGCCAUGGGCCAUUAUCAAAUCUGUAAUUGAGAAGAAUUCCUGGAGUUCAUUGGAAGACUAUUUCAAACAGCUUGAAUCAGAUCUGUUAAUGGAAGAAUCUACGUUGAGUCAGUCCAUUGAAGACCCUGGAAAACUUAGUGGCCUACGAAGGAGAAGGCGAACAUUCAACCGAACUGCAGACACGGGUCCUAAGCUUUCUUCUCAGCGUUCUUCCGGAGAUGGGGGUUUGGAUGACAAAGGGGCUGCUGCAGGAAAGAAAAAAGACACGGAAAGCAAUCACACCGUCCUUAUUGUGGUGAUGAGUUUUUUCUUGCUGCUCCUGGUGGUGUUGAAUGUGACACUGUUUGUGAAGCUGUCAAGGAUAGAAUAUGCUGCUCAGUUUGUUUACCAUCUCCACCACCAAGAAGAGAAAUCCUUAAAUUUAGCCUCUGACAUGGUGUCAAGAGCAGAAAACAAUCAAAAGCAUUACGAUCAGGCCCAUCGUUUAAAAGGAGUGCUCCGAGACUCCAUCGUGAUGCUCGAAGAGUUGAAGAGCUCACUCAUUAUGCUUCAGAGAACCUUUGAUCUACUAAAUAAAAAUAAGACCGGCACGGCUGUGGAGAGCUAGUGAUCUGAAGGACUGAAAUUGGACAGAUACUUGGAAGUAAAAGAAAACAUCUUGGAGAAAACCAGAGGAUGAAGGAUUUUCAUUGUCAUACGAACAUUUCCAUAUUUUUUUCAAUAUUGGUACUUCUAAUAUGAACAUUCUUUUAAAUAACAUUUAUUUCAUAAUUAGUCUCCAAUGGCCUUAAGAAUCUAUCCGUUUGCUUCUUAUACAUUAUUCUAAGCUGUGAAUUUCUCCAGUGAAGCAUGAACUACAUUGUGGAAUUGAAUUUCUGUGAUGCAAAAAGAAAAUGGGACACUUUGGCCUCGUUUUUAGAGGGAGGUUUGAAGUUUGAUGCUUUAUCUGUUAGCACAGAAUCAGUAUGUGUCCAAUUGGCUGCUUUCACAGUUGAUAUACAUUCAACAGGCUAACGACAAUCAAUAUAAGAAGAAAUCUCUAAGCCCUUACGAAUUUUGAAGGAUCAGUUUUUAGGCAUAUACAUUUCAAGAUUUACAUACUGUAAAUAUUACAAUGUCUUCAUUUAUUUAGCACACAAAUUCAAUAGACUUUUUGACUCUGCACAUUGGUGAUAAUUAUGUGAGAAGUUCUUCAUUCAUAUUGUAUCUUCAUGAAAGAAAGUUUUCUUCUUCAAGUAGCUAUCAGAGGUGAGGUUAUCUUGCCUCUUCAUUCAUCAAAUGAAUUGAAGAGUCAAUUUCAGAAAAGGAAAUAUGUAGGAUUCCAACACUCAAAAUGAAGAAUCAUGCUCUGAGUUUUAAAAACCAGAUUAGGUUAAAAUCUGGGCAUUUAGUAAUCAAAUAAAUACUUGAACUAAGCUUGGCUUCAGCUUAGCAGUCUAAUUUGUGGAUACAUUUUCAGUAGCCACAGAUAGCUUCAUUUAUUCCUUCAUGUGAGUGGCUUGCUUUAGUCAGUUGUAAGACACAAAAUAGCUCUUUAAUAAAACUCUGGGUUCAUUAUCUCCCAAUACAAGUAUACUGAUUGAAGUUGUAAGUCAGACACAAGCUUUGACUCUUUC